CGAAGAAGAGCCACUUCCGUUUUCGUGCCGAAACAGGAAAUAAACAAAGCAGACAAGCUGCAAGGAGGGAAGGAGAAGGAGUAACCGAGAACUGCGUCGGAGGAGCACUGAUCACUUAUCAUGAUGACAACGAAGAGGCUGGAGAGCUUCGAGGUGAUCUGUGAGUGGGACUCCUGCAGCUUCAGGGGCCACAGCAUGGAGGAGCUGAGCGACCACAUGUCCCUGCAUCUGAGGGAUUAUCUGGGAGACAAGGACGCCUUGGAGGAGCUGGACGAGUUUGCGUGUCUGUGGAGCGGAUGCGAGUUCCUUUCCAUGGGCAGCCCCACAGAGCUGGAGGUUCAUGCCUACUUCCACAACUACCACGGAAAACUCAAGUUCAUUGGCUCGCAGCUGCUGAAGUCCCGCCCCGACCUCCCCAGCUGCAACCAGGGCACGCACAGCCACAACCUGGUGCCAGAAGGCUCCGAGGGAUACGUGUGCCAGUGGGAGCAUUGCGACAGCACUUUUAACAAUCCCGAGUGGUUCUACCGCCACGUGGACAACCACGUAGAAAGUGCCGAGCAGCAGUCUCUUUCCCAGCAGCAGGCGCUCUUCUGCAGCUGGGCAGGGUGCGACGCCUUCUUCAAGAUCAGGUACCGUCUGAGGGAGCACAUGCGGAGCCACACUCAGGAGCGACUGGUGGCCUGUCCCACCUGCGGCAGCAUGUUCUCCAGCAACACCAAGCUGUUCGACCACCUCCAGAGGCAGGCCGAGCCCAUAGAAUCCCUUGUGUGUGAACAUUGUGGCAAAGCUUUUCCCAGCGAGAGGCUCCUGAGGGAUCACAUUCGCCAGCACGUGAACCAGGUCAAGUGUCCCUUCUGCGAUAUGACCUGCACCACGUUGGCAGCUCUGAAGAUCCACAUCCGCUUCCGCCACUGUGACGAGCGACCGUUUCCCUGCGACUUCUGUGACAAAAGGUUUAAAAACCAACGUGAUCUCCAGAAGCACACAGAUGUUCACAAUGAGGGUACCGUGUAUCACUGCACAGUUGAGGGCUGCGAUUAUUCCUGCUACACGCUGCAAACCGUGAACCACCACUUCAAGAGAGUUCACGAGGCUGGCGGGAUGUCCAAGUAUAAGUGUCACAUCUGUGACAAGGUCUUCUCCUGGUGUUACACGCUCACGCUUCACCUCCGAAAGAAGCACGAGCUCAAGUGGCCCUCUGGGCAUUCACGCUUCAGAUACAGGAAGGAUGUCGACGGCUUCCUAAAAGUAAACAUGGUGCGCUUUGAGACUGUCGAGGUGACGAAGGAGAUCAUGAAGAACAUGGCCGAAAAGCCGCGGAACCUUCGGCAAAGUCAGAGAGCCAGCAGCGUGAAGAAGAAAACCGCCGUCGCCCCAGAGAGCGGCCGCAGCUCUCCCGCCGGUUCCUCCUCGCCCUCUUCCAGCUCCUCUUCCUCGUGUUCCUCAGACCUCUCUGGAGGGGAGGAAGCGUCGUCCCAGCACAGCCCCAGAGGAGCAGACUCCCCGGUCUACUGCAUGAUGACGACCAUUCCUCACAUCGACGACGAGCCCGGAGGAAUAUCGCAAGACGGCUGCGAUGGCGGCGGUACUUCCGGUGCCGUCCAGGCUCUGACGGAAGUCGCGAGGGGUCUGGGGAUGGACGUGGUUUAAUUGCUCGGAACAGCCGAGACUGUUAUGUAGCGCCGCUUUUUUUUGUUUUUUUGUUUUGUUUUGAGCCUCGGAGCUGACAGCAGAAAGCUGACAGUUUUAUUUUUAGUAGAAACUUUCUGCCCUGUGCGCCUUUUCCCUGAUGCGACCCAUUCCAUUUUAAAACUAAUUUUAUUGUCCAGAUGUCAGGUUGCGCUUCUAUGAAAAAAGCCGGAAAAUGCACUGCUAUAGUUAAGCACCUAUGUGAAUAUAUUCUUUACAUAUUUGCUUAUCUAAAAUUUUAUUUUUCAUAUUAUGGUCAAAUAUGGUAUAUUUAUAGAAGCAUAAGCAUUUUUUAAAAUAUAUUUUUGCUCUGGUGCACUGAAAUAUUUUACUUUUUGUAAGGUGAGAAUUGGAUUCCAACUAAAAAACAUGAAUUCAAUACAUUCGAUUUUUCUUAAGGAGGUAAUUUAUUUGUGAUGAGAACUUAUUUAUUGAACUGUGCAAAUAUUUUAAGCCAUUUCUAAUUUCUUUAAAUUUUGCUACAGUUAAGUAGCAAAAUUACAUUAGUCUUUUAAAGUGGUUCUUAAUAAGUCUGAGGGUUUCAUUUUGAUAUUUGCUAGUUUCUCAAUUAGUUUUUGCCUUAUGUUAGGAGGGAUUUGUGAGCCAAGUGGUUGGGCUUAAAAAAAAAAAAGAACCCAAGAAAUGUAAAGCAUGUGAAUUCCUGGUUAAUUGUGUUCUUAGCCAGCUGUACAUGGGUGUAUUUUCAACUUAAGCAUGAUAUUUUAAAGCAAAUAAAAACUGAAGAAACCACGAUGGCGUAUUAAGGCCAUUGUAGAUCUUUAAAAAAAUAAAAUAAAAUAAAUUCUAGAAAAUUUCUAGAAAAAAACGUUGAAAUUUCAA